AUGAAGAUAAGAAGCUUUUGUGACGUGAGUACAGCAAUUCUUAGGACAACACCUUCAAUCAAUUCCCUGAAACCUGCUAGUUUUUACAGAAACGCGACUACGUCUGCUACGAAGGACUUUUCGAAAACCCUGCAGCUUCCUUAUACCUCGUUUCCAAUUCGUCCCAAUGUUACCGAAAAUGAGCUUCGUUACGAAAAAAUGCUUAAUGAAGAACUUUACCAUUGGCAACAAGAGAACCUGAAAGAGUUUCCGCCGUUUGUCUUGCAUGACGGACCACCUUUUGCCAAUGGAUCUAUUCACAUUGGACACGCCUUAAAUAAAAUCAGUAAGGAUAUAAUAAACCGCACUCGACUUAUUCUUGGUCAACGCGUAUCUUUCGUUCCUGGUUGGGAUUGUCAUGGCUUGCCUAUUGAGAUGAAAGCUCUUGAAGCUGGUGAUGACUCUCACAAAACCCCCCUCGAUGUUCGGAGAAUUGCGAAUUCAUUUGCAGAAAAAACGAUUGAAGAGCAAAAAGCGGCCUUCAAGCGUUUCUCCAUUAUGACGGAUUGGGACGCGGCUUACAAAACAACGGAUUUAGAUUAUCAGCUAGCUCAGCUGAAUGUUUUUAAAGAGCUUGUCUCUCUAAAUCUAGUUAAGCGUCAGUUUAAACCAGUACAUUGGAGCCCGGCUACACAUUCGGUUUUGGCUGAGGCAGAACUGGAAUAUCAAGAUAAUCACAAAAGUCAGGCAGCAUAUAUUUGCUUUCCUUUACAGGAUUUCUUCCUCAAUAAGGUUCGUAUUUCGAAUGCUUUUGCCGUAAUUUGGACAACGGCGCCCUGGACACUUUUUUCAAACAAAGCAAUUGCCUACAAUUCCAACAUACAGUAUGUUCUUUAUAAUCUAGAUGCCCGUGUUCUUCUGUUAGCAAAAGAUCGAAUAUCCGUCAUCGAUCCUCUUCAAAAGGGUACAGUCGUGGCAUUUGUGAGUAAUGAUUUGUUGCAAACUUUAACCUAUACACAACCUUUAAGUUCUGAUAAAGUUGGACAUUUGUAUGCAGCGGAUUUCGUCGACGCUAAAUCUGGAAGUGGAUUGGUGCAUAUAGCACCUGGCCAUGGAUUUGAAGACUACUCUCUCGCUACAGAUUUAAAACUUGGGGUAUUUUCACCUGUGGACGAUAAAGGGUGCUUUACGGAGGAAGUCGCAGGUGGAUUUUUAAAAGGUUAUAAUGUUCUAGGUCGCGGAAGUAAAAUAGUCCUUAAGAUGUUAGAAGAUGCUGGCUUAAUGCUGUACUCUCAUGUUUAUACACACCGAUUUCCUUAUGACUGGCGGUCACAUACUCCCGUAAUUAUGAGGUCUAUGGCACAGUGGUUUAUUGAAUUAACAAACGUGAAAGACAAAGCACUAAAGGCACUAGAAUAUGUAAGCUUCUUUCCUGAACGUUCCCGCGAAAGGCUUACCAGUUUUGUUCAAACUCGACCAGAAUGGUGCAUAUCUCGACAACGUUAUUGGGGCGUACCGAUACCUGUACUUUAUAACAUUGAAACUGGUGAGCCUCUUUUAACCUCACUGAGUGUUGAUUGGAUAAUCAAGAGAUUUUCUGGCUUAGGAAUUGAAGCUUGGUUCGCACCCGCAAAAUCAAUUCAAGAGGAACAAGAAUGGGUGGCCCCAGAGUACCGGGGUGAGUUAUAUCAACGCGGGCAAGAGACAUUUGAUGUGUGGUUUGAUUCAGGAACAAGCUGGACACUAUUAAACAAACAAGGUGCUUUCAGUAAUAGUCCAUUGGCUGAUGUUUGCUUUGAAGGAAGUGAUCAACACCGUGGUUGGUUUCAGUCUUCCUUGCUUACUUAUGUUGCGUAUACGGGAAACCCAGUGGCACCGUAUAAAAGCGUAUGUACUCACGGUUUUGUAUGUGAUGAAAAAGGUCGAAAACAAUCGAAGUCAGUUGGAAAUGUAACCGACCCUCUUGCUGUAUUGGAUGGUUGCACUAAGAAGAAACAACCUGCUUUUGGAACGGACGUUCUUCGUUUAUGGGCAGCGACGUGUGAUGUCACAAAAGAUGUUGUCUUAAGUUCUCUUAUUUUAAAAAAUAUAUCGGACACACUGAAAAAGUGGAGAUUAACUGCACGGUUCUGCCUGGGCAACUUAUAUGAUUGGAAACACGAAAAUAUAAUAAGCUUUGAAAAGCUUCCACCCAUUGAUCAAACAUUUCUUUCACAUUUAUCCGUUUUUCAGCGUGAUUUGUUGAGGCUAAUGAAAGUCCCAUGUUCAACUGCUCAGCAAGUUCAGCUAAUAUCCCGUUUUAUGAAUACUGCACUCUCAGCACAGUAUUUCGAAGCUGUUAAGGACGCAUUGUAUGCAAGCGCUGCUGAUAGUAACGUUCGGAGGAGUGCUCAAACCUGUUUGGUCUAUGUGUUGCGCACGUUAGCAUGGGCAAUUGCCCCUAUUGUUCCUUAUACGGCACAAGAAAUUUGGGAGCAUUGUCCGUCUGACGUCCGAUUAGGUUUUGCGACUCCAUUUCAUGGCAACAAAUCUCUCGUUGCUAAAAGUGCCCCAGCCCUACCAUCUCAUCUUAGGAACUCAUUAAAUAUGGAAUGGGUACAGUUACAACAUAUUCGUGAUUACGUGAAUAUUUUGGCUCAAAAAGCUCGUGAAGCGAAGGUUUUAGGCAGCUCUCUCGAAGCAGAUGUAUGGUUGCAAACCAAUUCCAAAAAGUUGCAACAGCUGCUCGACAAGUAUGGUUCAGACAUCCAUCGUCUCGUGAACGUGUCGAAUGUAUUUAUCAAUAAAGAAAAUCAGGGAAUACAACAGAAAUGGGUAUUUGAAGAAGAGUUCACUCCCGAAGAAGGAAAUAUUGUUGUCACAUUAGCGCCAGCUAUUUCUCACAAAUGUCCUCGUUGUUGGUUAUAUCGAUCGGAAAAUGAGGGUGAUUUGUGCAAUCGUUGUACAGAACUCAUAUUUCAUCAAUGA